AUGCAUUUCCGAAAGGUCAAGUCCGACGCACCGGGAAACCUCAGCAUUGGUGAAGGGCUCAACAAGACAACCAGUCACGUCAAUAACGACGGCUCAACGACGGUGCGUUUCCAUAGAGACGCGUCCGAGAUUGCAGCCUUCUUUAAGCGCAUCCACGACAAUACCGCUUCCCAGCAGCCUGAGAGAAAGGUCUUUGUGCCGCGCAGGGGCAGCAGCGCCGUGUAUCUCGACGACAAGCAGGAUGCCCCCUCUGCCGGCCGCGCCGCCGCCGCCGGCCCCAGGCUCAAUAUUGCUAUUCACAUUGUGGGGUCCCGCGGCGAUGUCCAGCCAUUUAUUCCCAUUGCCAAAUUGCUAAGCCAGCCUCCAUACAAUCACCGGGUGCGAAUAUGUACGCAUCCAGUAUUCAAGGAUUUUGUGACGAACCAGGGAUUGGAGUUCUUUAGCAUCGGUGGUGAUCCUGAGGCGCUCAUGGCCUACAUGGUCAAGAACCCCGGUCUGUUCCCGAGUCGGGAGAGUCUCAAAGCAGGUGAUAUCCGGAAGAGGAGAAAGGAAAUGGGGGCGAUUCUCGAGGGCGCCUGGCGGAGCUGCAUCGAGGCGGGCGACGGCAUGGGAGAGAGGAUCGUGGCGUCCGAUGUCCACUCGGCAGCCGACUUGUUCAUUGCCGAUGCCAUUAUUGCGAACCCGCCUUCCAUGGCUCAUAUUCACUGCGCCGAGAAGCUCGGUAUUCCCCUUCACAUGGUAUUCACAAUGCCUUGGUCCCCCACGCAUAGUUUUCAUCAUCCUCUUGCUGCUAUGCAAUAUGGUCAAGCCGAAACUAGUACCGCCAACUAUCUCUCCUUUAUCAUGAUGGAGCUCCUCACGUGGCAAGGUCUUGGCGAUGUCAUCAACAAGUUUCGUACUCGGACCUUGAAACUUGACCCAAUAAGCCCUUUAUGGGGUCAUCAGCUACUAUCGCGAUUGCGCCUACCUUUUACAUACCUCUGGUCGGAAUCACUAAUACCAAAACCAGCUGACUGGGGUCCGCAUAUUCAGAUUGCCGGCUUUUCAUUCUUGUCCCAGGCCAAUUCCUACACGCCACCACCAGAUUUGGUAGAGUUUCUCAACGCUGGGCCUACACCGAUUUACGUUGGUUUUGGAUCUAUCGUGGUCAACGAUGCGCAGGCCUUGACCAAACUGAUAUUUGAAGCCACUGCAAUCGCUGGCGUCCGAGCCAUAGUAUCCAAGGGCUGGGGAGGAAUCGGGUCAGAAGAUGUGCCUGAUAACAUAUACAUGAUAGGAGACUGUCCGCAUGACUGGCUUUUCCGACACGUUUCAACCGUCGUCCACCAUGGAGGAGCGGGGACAACAGCUGCUGGACUCGCCGCGGGCAGUCCUACCGUGGUUGUUCCCUUUUUUGGGGACCAGCCAUUCUGGGGACAAAUGAUCGCAAGAGCUGGUGCUGGCCCGGAACCGGUCCCCUAUAAAAAGAUGACUGCAGAAACAUUGGCAAACAGCAUCACGUUUGCAUUGAAGCCAGAGGUUCAAAUCGCCGCCCAGAAAGUGGCACAGCAGAUUGCCGAAGAGGAUGGAGCGUGUAAUGCCGUCAAAGAUGUCCUGAAUAGGCUGGACUCUUCUGAUUUGCGCUGCGAUAUAUGUCCAGAUCGUCUGGCCGUGUACAAACACAAGAACACGGGUGCACAUCUCAGUCUUCUCGCAGCGUAUUUUCUUACCAACAAAGGGAUCAUCAAACUGAGCCAACUAGAAUUAUUGCGCCACAAGCACUGGUACGUUGACGAGGGAGCAGAGAGCGUGUCGAUAGGAGUCGUUGCGGCUAUGAGCGGGUUAUUCCUCGACAUUGCUGUGGCAUCUCACGAUUUCGCAAACCGCAUCAGAACAGAACCAAGUCAAAUACCACGCCGGAGACCAUCAAGUCACUUCCGAGUCUCGUUGGACAUGCCUGGUGGCGUGUCUGCGAGCACUGACGAUUCUUCUGGCGAUCUAUUACCGUUUGCCCACUUUACCCCCAAGCAACUCGAGAAAAUGGCCAAGAUCAUGGCUCGCAAGCCGCCAGAAGAUACGCAAGCUCUGUUCAAAGGCCCAUGCCCAGGUGACGCAACCUCUGGCCUGCGGUCCGAGCCUACCUGGGUAGAGCGCAUGUGGUCAAAGGGUGAGAAAUCGCGCUCUCACCUUGCGGCCGAGGCAUGUGGUCGGUACGCCGCUGAUCUCACGCGUGCGGGGUUGAAAGCGCCCGUUGCGCUCUUUUAUAAUGUUGCGAAUGGCUUUCGCAAUUCCCCGUCCUAUCUCACCGGAGAGUUGAAUGUGCGCAGGCGCGGUGAGAUUAAAGGGCUCAAGAGCGGAUUCAAGACUGCCGGCAAAGAAUCCGUCCUUUGCUUUUACGAUGCCUUCAGCGGUCUUGUCCUCCGUCCCUACCGUGGCGCCAAGGCCGAGGGCCUUAAAGGCUUUGGCAAGGGAGUGGGCUUGUCGCUCGUAGGGUUUUAUUCGGGGCUGGGCGCAGCUAUCUUUAGUCUCCCAGGAUAUUCUCUCAAGGGCAUUGAGAAAAAGCUGGCCAAGCACCGGCUUACGGAGCUCAAGGCCGAGGUCUUGCUCAUAAGGAUACGACAAGGCAUUGAGGAGUAUAAUCUCGCCACCGACGACGAGAGGCAACAGAUUGAGGAGCGAUGGAAAUCUCUGUACCCAGAGUAA